AUGGGUAUCGAGUAUCCAGUUCCUGUUGCCCAAGAUUCACCGUUUCCUAUCGAAAACAUCCCAUUUGGGAUUUUCUCAACAGACUCUGACUCCACACCCCGAGUUGGAACUAUCAUUGGAGACCACAUCAUCGACGUCAAAUUCCUGGCACAGCGUGAUGUGUUUGAUGAUCCUGCACUCAAGUCAGCAUUGUCUAAAGGAACGCUGAACCACUUUGCUUCACUGCCUCUAUCUGUCCGCGCAUCCACUCGUCAACGCGUAAUUGACCUAUUGGAGGAUUCAUCAUCGACCCUGUUCAAAGACGAGGAUAUUAAUUCAGGCGCCUUCGUCGAUGCCAAACAAGCCAAAUUGCAUCUCCCUUUCGACAUUGGUGGUUUUGCGGAUUUCCUCGCCUCAGAAACCCAUCAUGACAAUGGUAACAAGAUGUCCGGGAAGUCGGUACCAGCCUUCUAUCACUUCCCACCAAUGUAUACGGGUCGUACGACAUCCAUUGUCCCUAGUGGACAGUCGGUCAUACGUCCGAAGGGAAUGAUUCCACCACCUCCAGGGUCAAAGGAAGGGGCCGGAUACCAGUUCGGCGCUUCAACAAGAUUUGAUUUCGAAGUGGAGAUGGGGGUCUUCAUUUCCAAACCAAUCCCGUUCGGCCAGCGUAUUACGGCUGAUGAGGCAAAAGAGCAUGUUUUUGGUCUGGUUCUCUUGAAUGACUGGUCGGCAAGAGAUAUACAGUUCGGCGAAAUGAUACCGAUGGGCCCCAGCAACGGAAAGGCAUCAGCUACGACCAUCAGUCCUUGGGUUAUCGUACCUGAAGCUCUGGAAGAUGCUCAGGUCGGAUUUAUAUCAGAGAAUGCGCAGGCUCAAAUCGAAUCACACCCUCCCCACCUACAACAUUCGAAGGGGGAUACCAACGUAUCAUGGGACAUCGUCCUCGAAGCUCACGUCUCGGGUCCUGGCGAGUCGCCAACCCUGAUUUGCCGCUCAAACCUCAAAGAUUUGUACUGGUCGCCUUAUCAAAUGAUUGCGCACUAUGUGUCACCAGGAAGUGGUGCGAAGACAGGAGAAAUGAUCGGUACAGGUACUGCUUCCUCACCUGGGCACACGGAGGAGACUCCCACGCUAGGCUGCCUCUUCGAGCUGACUCUUAGUGGUAAGAAGCCUUUCAAGCUGCAGAGUGGUAGGGAAUUGAGCUGGCUCGAAGACGGGGAUGAGGUCGUCUUGAACGGUUGGGCCAAAGGCAAAGGUGGGAAGAAAAUUGGCUUUGGCGAGGCUGUCGGAAAGGUGCUGCCAGCCAAAUAG